AGAUAUCAUAUUUAUCUCUAGUAAAUAUAUUGUUGAGAAUUCUGAGGAAUUUGUGACUGCUGCAUAUGCCAGUAUCAUUGAUUCUGAAAGACCUGAACGUGAAUUUGACAUAACUAAUAAUAUUAGCAUAGCUAGUAUGCAAACAUCUAGUAAUCAACUUUCAUCUAAAACUUUAUUCACUUUUAACAAUUCUGAUAUUAAAGAAGAUUCAACAUUUGAACAAAAAAAUACUUUGGAUUCAGAUGCUAAGAAUAAUAAUAAAGAGCAGCAAAGUGAUCAUGAAAAAGAAAAUACAACAAUUUCUGAUGAAUAUACGAAGUCGAUAGAAGAUGAUGAAGAACAAAAUAACAAAGAUCAGCCUAAAAAAGACAGCAAAGUAGUAGAACUAUUAAGAAAUAAAAGAAAAAAUGUAGUAAAAUAA